GAUUCUGUCCCAGAGGAUAAUAUUUGGAGGGGUAUCCUCUCUGUGAUUUUCUUCUUUCUAAUCAUCAGUGUUCUAGCUUUUCCUAAUGGACCCUUUACACGUCCUCACCCUGCAAUAUGGAGGAUGGUUUUUGGUCUCAGUGUGCUGUAUUUUCUGUUCCUGGUGUUCGUGCUCUUCCUUAACUUUGAGCAGGUAAAAGCAGUGAUGUACUGGUUGGAUCCUAAUCUUCGAUAUGCCACAAGGGAAGCAGAUAUUAUGGAGUAUGCUGUGAACUGUCAUGUUAUCACCUGGGAGAGAAUCCUCAGCCACUUUGAUAUAUUUGCUUUUGGGCAUUUCUGGGGCUGGGCUAUGAAGGCUUUGCUGAUCCGUAGCUAUGGACUAUGCUGGACUAUUAGCAUUACCUGGGAGCUCACUGAGCUCUUCUUCAUGCACCUUCUGCCUAAUUUUGCUGAAUGCUGGUGGGAUCAAGUCAUUUUGGACAUCCUGCUUUGUAACGGGGGUGGCAUCUGGUUGGGCAUGGUAGUUUGUCGUUUCUUGGAGAUGAGGACCUAUCACUGGGCAAGCUUCAAGGACAUUCACACAACCACAGGGAAAAUCAAAAGAGCUGUAUUACAGUUCACCCCGGCCAGCUGGACCUAUGUCCGCUGGUUUGACCCAAAGUCUUCAUUUCAGAGAGUGGCUGGAAUCUACCUUUUCAUGAUCAUUUGGCAGCUGACUGAGUUGAACACAUUCUUUUUGAAACAUAUCUUCGUGUUCCAAGCAAGCCACCCUUUAAGCUGGGGGAGAAUUCUCUUCAUAGGAAUCAUUACAGCACCCACUGUAAGGCAAUACUAUGCAUACCUCACAGAUACACAGUGCAAGAGGGUGGGAACUCAGUGCUGGGUGUUCGGGGUUAUUGCUUUCCUCGAAGCUAUUGUGUGCAUAAAGUUUGGACAAGAUCUUUUUUCCAAAACACAAAUACUAUAUGUUGUGUUUUGGCUUCUCUGUGUGGCUUUUACGACUUUCCUGUGUUUAUAUGGGAUGGUUUGGUACGCAGAGUACUACGGCCACCGAGAAAAGACCUUAUCAGAAAGUGAAGACAGCCCAUACAGUCCAGAUGCUUCCUGGCUUCAUUCUAAAUUCAGCAGAGGUAUUGGCACUUUUGUAGCU